AUGGCGGCCCGCACGACAAAGAUGAUGCAGUACAUCAACUAUCGAAUGAGGAUCACCAUCGCGAGCGGGCGGCAGUAUCUCGGCCGGCUGAUGGCGUACGACAAGCACAUGAACCUGGUGCUCGGGGACUGCGAGGAGUUCCGCAAGCUGCCCCCACGGAAGGGCGGGGAGGAGCGCGAGGAGCGGCGCGUGCUGGGCAUGGUGUUGCUGCGCGGGGACGAGGUGGUGAGCUUGACGGUGGAGGGGCCGCCGCCGACGGAGGACGCGGUGCGGAAGGCGCAGGUGGCGGGGGCGGGGACGGGGAUGGGCAAGGCGGCGGGGCGCGGGAUGCCCGUCGUGGCUCCGGGGCAGGCUGCUCCAGGGCUGGCGGGGCCGGUGCGGGGAAUGGGGGGGCCGCACGGGCCGACCAUGGUGCCGCGGCCGCAGAUGUCGGCGCCGCCCGUGCCCUACGGGGGACCGCCGGCGCCAGGGAUGGGCCCGCCAGGCGCUCGGCCGCCGCCUGGGUUCCCGCCAGCGCCAGGUGGAAUGCCUCCGCCGCGCCCGUAA